AUGAAGUCAGUUCUUUCCGUUCAGUCCCACGUUGUCCACGGCUACGUUGGUGGUAGAGCUGCAACUUUUCCCUUGCAAUACCUCGGCUGGGAUGUCGACAAUAUCAACACUGUCAACUUUUCCAACCACACCGGGUAUGGUUUCGUGAGAGGAUCAGCAGUCAGUUCAAGCGAUAUGUCUGCUUUAUUUCACGGUCUAGUGGAUAUCAAAUGCAAGUAUGAUGCGAUAAUCCUGGGCUAUAUACCAUCUGCCGAGCUUAUUGACAUCUUGGCUGCAAAUAUCGUUCUGUUUAAGACGAAUAACCCAGACUCAACCUACGUCUGUGACCCUGUCAUGGGUGACCAAGGGCAUCUCUAUGUGGAUGAUGCAUGUGUUGAGGCCUACAGGAGACUCUUACGGGAGGGUAAUGUUGAUGUCAUAACGCCCAACCAGUUUGAGUUGGAGCUUCUCAGCGGAUCUAAAAUAUCUAAUGAGGUUGAACUCAGGCAGGCCGCAGAACAGCUUCAUGAAGGCUGCAACAUCAAGCAUAUCGUGAUCACAAGCUUGGCAGACGGUUUCUCGUUUGGAAACAAGUGUGACCCAAACUCCAUCUACUGCGCUGUAUCCUCCAAAAGCCAAUCUUCCAUCGAGUACUAUAGAAUUCCAAUGAUCAAGUCUUACUUCACUGGAGUCGGCGAUCUUUUCACUGCACUUCUUUUAGACAAAUUCUACAACAACCCAGGAAACAUCGGUCUAGCAGUCAACCAAGUGCUCACCAUCAUGGCAGAGGUGCUUAAGCUCACUCAUAAAUUAGGCACGGAAGAAUUUUGCAGCUACAAGAAAAUACCUCUUACAGAAGAUUUAGAAGGUAAAAUGAACGAUGCUGAUUCGAUGCGUUUCUUCGAGCUUCGCAUAAUCCAAGCCAGGGAAUUCUACAAUUACGCCGGUGACGGUGCUUUCGAUCAGAUCGAAACCUAA